AUGUGCGCUGCACCGCGCUGUUUGUUCUUGAGCCACGAAUGUGCCCGCAAAUUACGGGUUCACAGGGCCAAAAUCAAAUCCCAUUUAUUUUCUUUUGGAUGGGGUCCUUUUGACAUUUUGCAUGGGGCCACUUUGGUUCUGCCCAGGUCCAAGGGUGUGCUGCUCUCCCACCACAUCGUGCAGGCGCACGCCCUGCACUGCAUCUCCGAGCAUCGCUUCACCCAGGCGGACGUGUGGCUCCAUGUGGCGCCCAUGUUUCACCUGGUGGACGCGUUCGCCAUGUUCAGCGUCACCUUGGUCUGUGGGCGUCACGUGCUGCUGCCGGGGGCCUUCGACGCAGAGAAGACGCUGGAGGUCUUGGCCACGAAAAACAUCACUGCAACGAACAUGGCCACCUCCAUGGUGAAUCUGCUGCUGGCCGCCCCCGCCAGCCGCUCUUUGGACGGGCGCUUCCCUUGCCUGCGCCUGGUGUCCUGCGGGGGCGCGCCCCUGGGCCACUCGGCGCUGCUGAGGGCGCAGCGCCUAUUCGGCUCUGAGUUCUUCCAGUCCUACGGCAUGACGGAGUGCUGCGGCAAGAUCUCCAUGUCAAUGCUGAGUGGCUCGCAGCGCGGGGCGCCGCUGGGCCGGCAGAUGGCGAUGCUGUGCUCCUCGGGGAAGCCCUUCGAGGGCUUGGAGGUGCGGGUGGCGGACCCAGAGACCGGCGAGCCGGUGCCCUGGGAUGGCCGGACUGUGGGGGAGGUGCAGAUCAGAGGGCCCACGGUCUUCAAGGGCUACCUCAAGCCAGGCGAGGGCAAGGUGCAGCCGGAUCCCGAGCACUUCCUGCCUGAGGGCUGGUUCCGGACUGGGGACCUGGCCACCAUGUCGAGCCUGGGCUUCCUGCAGGUCAUUGACCGCCUCAAGGACAUGAUCCUGGUGGGCUCGGAGAAUGUGUACUGCAUUGAGGUGGAGAAUGCGCUCACGGCGCACCCGGCCGUGGCGCUGUGCUCGGUGUACGGGGUGCCGGGGCCCGAGAUGAUCGGGGAGUUGGUGAAGGCCGUGGUGCUGCUCAAGCAGGGCGCGCCGCGGCCAAGCCUCGAGGAGUUCCAGCAGUUCUGCGGGAAGUUGUUGGCCGACUUCAAGCUCCCCCGCAUCAUCGAUGUGGUGGAGUCCUUGCCCCUCAACAGCUCAGGCAAGGUCAUCAAGUCGGAGUUGAAGAAAAGGGACCGGGAAGCUGCGGCUCCGGAGGAGGCUGGCGAGGGGGAUGACGCUGUGAGCGAGCAUUGUUAUGAGGUUGCUUGGAAAAGCAAGUUCCUGAGCCCUUCAAGCGGCAAGCCGGGCUCUUGUGGGCAGUGGCUGGUGCUCUCAGCUGGCUCUGAUGAAGUCCCCGUCUCCCCUGCACUGCUGGGCGCUGUGUCUGAGCACUUUCGCAACUACAGCGCGGGGGGUGCCGUCGGCACAUGCUCCUUGGGAGAUGUGCCCUGCAUCUCGGACUUUGGAGGUUUGGAGGCACCUGCCGGCAUUUGCCUGCUGGUUCCAGGGGCCGACGGCGAAGGCGACAAGGUGCGAAUGGCUGUGCAGCGGGGCCUUUGUUGCCUCAUGGCUGUGGUGCGGGCGGCGGAGGCCAGGCAGAUAGGGAGCAUCCUGUUGGUCGCGCAGCACUCCAAGGAUGCGCCAGUGAUCGAAGGCCAGCCCUUGCCCCGAGAUCCUGCUGUGGCUGCCUGCUGGGCGUUUGUCAGGGCAGCAGCUGCAGAGUCCAAUAUCUCGUGGCGCUUGGUGGAACUCUGCGGCCAUGCCUCGCCCGGC